GUGAAGUCACCUGUUGAAUGGGGUGGGGGAAAUGGUGUUGGCAUGUGAUGUCAUAGCCGUGAAGAAGAAAAGCCACCACCUGGCCCCCAUUGGAGCAUUGAAGGCAGCAGUGUGGAGCGUCCUGAGCAGAGAGAAGACCUCCAGAGUCCAGACAUGGCCCAGGUGCUGAAGCCAACCGGAGGCAGCAUGGUCUCAAGAAGCCAUCCGGAGUGUGGAGACGUGUACUCGGACCUGGCCACGGUGAGCUCCACUGCGGAUAUCGGAGAGGUCCGCAGUGGCAUGGGAUUUGGGCGCCGGGGGCGCGACUUCCUGUCCCCGGCACGGCGCCGCCACCGCACCAGCUUCAGCCACAAGCAGCUGGAGCAGCUGGAGGUGGCGUUCGCUCAGAACCACUACCCCGACAUCUACUGCCGGGAGGAGCUGGCCCGCCUCACCAAGCUCAACGAGGCCCGCAUUCAGGUUUGGUUUCAGAACAGACGAGCCAAACAACGGAAGCAGGAGCGAGCGUCCAAGAAGGCGCUGCCGGUGGGUGUCCUGCCGGGGCCCGGGGCCCUGAUCAGCAGCAUGUGCAUGCCUGCUUCAGGUAUCAGCCGGCAGUUCUACCCCCAGUCCCUGCCGCACAUCCACCGGUUCAGCUCUAUGCUGCCCUCUGGUGGUUAUGCGCACCACCCAGGCGCCGUCCCUGGCCAGUGUCCCUGCCCUGCUGUGGUGCAGCCCCAGCCCCCGGGACCCCCUCGCCAGCACGAGGAAUGGUACGGGCCCCUCAGGACCAUAGGGGGCCCGCCCGCUAACCUGGGCACACCUGUGUUCUCCCUGGCCUCCAUGUCAUGUCUUGACUCUGCCUCUCACUGGAACUAAAAAUACUAGUGAAGAAGAGGCCUAUGCAAAGAAGUUAUGAUGUUAAUGUAAUGCACAUUAACCAACCACAUAUAUCAUACAUAUUGAUUAUGUUUUCUCAUUUCCUGGGACUUUCUGGGUUUGUUCAUUUAUUUGAUUGAUUGUGAAAGGCGUGAUAGGCUUAAUGCCUAAUAUCGUUUUUAUAUACAGUAAAUGCAUCUUCUCUGAAUUGUCUACGGCUUCCACAUCCUAUGGGUUAGAAUUUUAUUUUUUAAAAAUGUUUUUCAAGGAUUAAUAAAAUACACAGGUGCUUUUGAUUUCAAAUGUAUUUUAAUACAUUCUGCUGCUUCUCUGCUAACAUAAACAUUUACAUUUAUAGACCUGUAUUCAAAAUAACCUGCCUUCAAAAAGACCAUUAACACUAAGUGACAAAAAUAUUACAUUUAUAGCAUAUACUUUUGUUUUUUGUAAAAAUAAGAAUGGACCAAGACCAUUUUUCCCAUCGAUCGAUCCCACUAAUCCCUUUUUGGUGGUUGAGGUGAAAACCGGCGUUUGAAACACGCAAAACAAAACCCAAACCAACUGAAGAGUUACAUUUUCCUCAAACAAUGGGAAUGUGCCACUGGAACGAGGGGAUUGGCGGCCCAGCGGGCGCGGUGAGCGGCUGGCGUGUCCAGUGUGUACGAGUUAACAUACGCAGCAGAACCAGUGAUGAUGCGUUACAUUCACGUCACUUGAGCAAAGCUUGGUCCCGAGCCUCCGCUCUGCUCUGCUGGCUCAAAGUAGACGACAGAGGGCAACACAGGUCUCCAUCGGGGGAGUUUUGUGACCACACAGGGAGGGAAGCGGGCUAGUCAUAGUAACAGUACGAGAGGUACCGGGAAUGGGGAGGGGCUGUUUGAAAGUAAAGUUGUGCGGCGGAGGCCAAUGUUGGAGCAGAAACAGAAGAAAAAAA